AUGAAUGAAGAGUUCUUCAGGGGCUUCAGUCAAGACCUUCAUGAUCCCGUCAGAUGGGAGACCUUCUACAAGCGGGAGCAAGACAAGAGUCCCAGUCUCCCAAAGGAAACCCCUCCCGUUCCGUCAAUCGAUGCAGAAUGGCUUUUCAACGAGAUGAUGACCGUUUCUAACGAAGCCGACCCAUGGAUGUUUCCAGCAUUGAGAAAGCUGAAGGAGGAUGGGCGAUUCAUUCUCGCAGCUCUGAGUAAUACUGUCAUCUUUCCACCUGGGCACAAGCUCCACCAGGACCAUUUCUUUGACGAGCCUGUGCGGCAGAUAUUUGAUGUCUUCAUCUCCUCCGCCCAUGUUGGAAUCCGAAAACCAGAUCCAGCCAUUUAUAAGCUGGCUCUCGACCGAGUAAACGAAUUCGCGAAAGCCAAUGCUCAUUCAGCUCGGGGGGGGAGCUUGAGCUGGGAGGUUGGUAUCAAGGCAGAGGAAGUAAUGUUUCUCGAUGAUAUCGGGGAGAAUUUGAAGGAAGCACGCCGACAAGGACUGCAAACAAUCAAGGUGAACCUAGGCCGAGCAUUUGAGGCCGUUGAUGAGCUGGAGAGAGUGACUGGAUUGAAGCUCGCUGGUGAUCAUCCAAGGAUGUCCAUUAAGGGAAAGGUUCAGAAAGUCAAGGCAAAAAUGUGA